UCCCCCUGGCUCCUCAUGGCAUGCUGAGUUUGGGAGUGCAGGAGGGAGAUGCCUUACAAAUGCUGACAGGCUAUAACACUCUCAGAGAGACGGCCCAGUCAAUGCAAGCAUCCUCAGUGCAGCCCAGCAGAGCUUCUGUGGACCCUCAUGUUUGGACCUGCCAAGAUAAAGAUGCUGGUGUCGAGCCUGGCACUUCUGAUGGUGGUGUUUGCGAAAUGGGCUGAGCCGUACGUAGCACAAUACCGGGAUGCAGACCAAGGCGCAUAUGAGCCCAGAGAAAAGCAGAGAUCCCCAGAAUACUACAGAGAUGGCAGUGGAACUGAGUGCAGGCGGUGUUGUGACCCUGCAGAGGAGGCCCCACAGUUUGCCAGUCCAUACCCGCAGUACAAUAUUGUGCCACAGAUAAACAUCACCAUCCUUAAAGGGGAGAAGGGAGACACUGGUGAGCGAGGACUUUAUGGGAAAACAGGGAAGUCUGGGCAAACCGGACCCCGAGGUCCCUAUGGCAUGAAGGGAAACAAGGGCAGCAUUGGUGCUCCCGGAGAACCCUGUAAAUCCUACUACGCUGCCUUCUCUGUGGGCCGCAAGAAGGCCCUACACAGUAACGAUUACUACCAGACCAUGAUCUUUGACUCAGAGUUUGUCAACUUGUAUGGCCACUUCAACAUGUUCACGGGCAAGUUCUUUUGCUAUGUCCCCGGCAUCUAUUUCUUCAGCCUGAAUGCGCACACUUGGAACCAAAAGGAAACAUACCUGCAUUUGAUGAAGAACGAACAGGAGAUGGCCAUCUUAUACGCUCAGCCCAGCGAUCGCUCCAUCAUGCAGAGCCAGAGCCUAAUGCUGGAGCUGGAGAGGGACGACCAGGUGUGGAUUCGGCUCUAUAAGGGCGAAAGAGAGAAUGCUGUGUUUAGCGAUGACUUUGACACCUACAUCACAUUUAGUGGUCACCUUAUUAAGGCAAAGUCAGAAGGUUAAGCAGAGCCAAUCUAUGGACAGCAGGGAUUUAUGUGACUGUGUCUAUUAAAUGAGAUGCAAUUUCGUUACUCUUUUUUUUGUAAUAUAUUUUUAACAGUUUUACAUGGUACUUCAGGAGGAACAUUGAUUUAUAUUUAUGAUCCAAUACUGUAAUGUCCUUUGUGUCUGACCAUCUUUAAUUUCAUUACAGAGGCUGGGCUACUUGAUAAACGUGGUAUUAUAGGUUAUUGCGCUAAUAACAUUUAAAACGAUACAAAUCUGUAUCUACAAUCCAAAAAUUAUUUUAAGACAAUAUCAUAUAAAUACAUAUAUAAAGACAACAUUAUCAUAAUUUAACAGAGAUUUUGCACAAUAUUUAUGCAGGCCUUUUUCAUGUGUAGAUACAUCAGCAAUCAUUUAACAGAUUACUUGAAAUUAUCAUAUUAUAUCUAUUAUAAUAUAUAGAAAUCAGUGUUAAAUUUGUGCAACAAUUAUAAUUUACGAUUAAUUCAAGAAAUAAUGCAAAUUCAGUUAAACAAUAAAAUAAUUAAAUCAAAAGACAAAGUACCAUAUUUUCAGAAAAGUUUAAUUAAUACCAAAUAUUUAUUACAUUAAGAAAACAAGUAAACUGAAAAAGUGUGAAACAGUUUGUCAGUGAUUUAUGACAAAUAUUUUGGUAAAUAAAUAUUUUUUAUCAUUUACAGUAUUGUAGAAUGAAAAAAAUAGACUACUUAGUCUGUGCUGCAGACAACUAGAGUAUAUUUACAUUCACAUUUAGUCAUUUUGCAGUCGCUUUUAUCCAAAGCGACUUACAAUUGGGGGAUACAUAAAGCGAUUCUUCUUCAAGAGGCAAAAAAGUGCUUGCAAUACCAGGUUUUAGAUAUUGUUCAAAUAAGUUCAAGCUAGAAAAAGAAAGAAUAAAUAAAACCUUUUAUUCAAUUUUUUUAAACGAUGAAACCAAGUAGUUUCGAAAAGAGAUACGUUUUCAGCUGUCCCUUAAAAAAUUGUUAGGUAUUCAGCAUUUCGGAUAGGGGUUGGAAGAUCAUUCCACCAGCCAGGAAUGGUGAACGAGAAUGUUCUGGAAAGUGAUUUUGUAUGGAAUUAUAUUUGCUUAAAAAAAAUUUUUAUGUAACUUUAUAAAACUGCCUUUAUAAUAUUGAAUAAUAUUAAAAGAAAUGUAAAAACCUUUCCAUAGUAAUUAUUAAUUAGUAAAUAAAAAUACAUGUAUUUUCCAUAUUUCUGAUAUGGAAUAGCUUAUACGUGGUUUGUAAUGCAAUGACCAAAAUAUGAAAUAAAAUAUUUCAUGUAAUUCUGACAGCCAAUAAGAAGAUUUCGAGAACAGAAGAACAGAGUAUAUGACACAAUGAUAUAUGAUACUGUUUUUAUUUAUGAUACUUUCCUGGCCUUUUUGGAAUUGUCAGCAUAAAUCACCAUCCACUUUCCUUGUAUAUUAAAGAGAAGCUUGAAAAUCCUGCUAAAAAUUUGCUUUUUUUGGGUUUAUAGAAGACAGAAAAUAUGGGGGUUGGAAUGACACUGGGCAUGAGUAAAUGAUGACAAAAUGUUCAUUUUGUGGCAAUAUAUUCCUAAACAUUCAGCAGCAACAACUCCUUUCCUGUCUGCAGAAACAGUUUUGCAGUUUUGUCUCCAUCUUGUGAUUAAACUUGACCAGUGUUGCAGUUUUUCACAGAUUUAUCUCUCUCCCUGGAUUAAAUCAUGUUCUCAGUAUAAAUGAGAGAGGUAUCCAAUCUCUAGCACUCACUCCCCCCAGAACCCUUUUACUUUUACAGUCUAAUUUGCUGAUGGUGAAGCAGUUUACGUAAUGAAUUACAGUUUAUAGUACACACAACCGUUUGAUUCUUUCUCUGAUACAAUUCUGUGAGUAAAUAAGUAUCCGGGAUAUUUUCAACUGCCGUUCGUAUGGGAAUUUAUGUGGUCAUUCAAACUAAAUAGAAUUAAUUUGAGAUAAUGAUCUGAAUGCGCUAGAAAAAAAUGACUGUAUCAAGAGUCAGCAGUCAACCAAGAAAGACUCACUAGAGAUCAUUAUAAAUUCAAUUUCCAAUCUAGCCAUUUGCAGGGCUAUUUUGUCUACAAAAACUACAGUCAUCAGGUCCUAGUCUGAUUGCAGCUAUAAAAUGCAUCGACAGGCAGUGGAUUCAGAGUUUGUCCUGCCCAUUAAAGAGCACAGAGGUAAAAUGCUGAUGAUGUGUGCUGCUCUUUAUCUGGAUGGGCCAUCGGAUGCUGCUGGGAGGCGGAGGGUGUUUAUUCAGCAGGCUCAUGCUCUUUCUGUGCACUCGACUGAACAGCCCACUUUCUUUCACUUUUAAAGCCCUUUUAAGGUGUCAUUCGAGAGUGCUUUUCUUUUAAGCCAGUUAAGCUAACACUAACUCAAGGUGUCACAAGCCACAGUUUUAAUGUGACAGUGUGUGAGAGAGAAACUUCAACUGCACAUGUGAGAAAAUGUGAUCUGACUUAUGGCAAUUAUUACUAUUAUUGAAACACCUUGUUUGAUUUCCCAUUUUUAACAUGCCACCUUCAAUUUUUUGCUGAUUGCUAACUUCUGAUUCUGUUUUGUAAUUCUAUUUUAUUUCACAAAAUUAUUUUAUUUGUUAUGUUAUUAGUUUACUCAAACUGCGCUGUAGUUUUCAUUUUAAUUGACCUAUUGGCUAUAUAACUUUGAAGAGAAUUGAGCCA